AUGUUUCCUAUACCUUACCCCUCUCCGCGGGUAUCUCAACUAGACGCAAACAUCUUAGACUCCGAGUUAUUUACCCUUUUGAAAGACCAACUAUCUUCAAUAUUCCAACUUCAUGAAAACAACAAUUCAAUAGCUAGUAAGCUAUCAUAUAAUCGCCAUCCCGAAACUUAUUCACUACUUUUAAACUUGCUCAUUUUUAAAUUGACAGUUUGGAAAUCGGGUGCUUCGUAUGGGUCAUCUUUGCAAAAUUUGAAACUUACUGAUUCGCGUACAGGGAAAGUCAUUGGGCUUAAUAAAAAGGGAAUCUUGUUGGCUGCGUUAGUAGGGACCUAUUUGUAUAAGAAGGUGGAAACAGCACUUUACCAAGUUAAUGAUGUCUCGGACGGAAGCAAUGAUGACAGUGGCUUGUUUCAAAGGUUAAAGAAUGCCAUCCUCAAUAAUCGAACGGCAAUUUUGACAAAGAUUGAUAACAUAUUGAAGACGGUAAAUUUGCUCAAUUUUACUGUGUUUUUAGUUAGUGGGAGAUAUCCAUCCAUACUACACCGAUUGCUUGGUAUUACAGAGACUCCAAUAGUUUCCGACUUGUUGAAAUUCAAUGGAAGUAAUGUCAAUUAUGAGUUUCAAAAUCGACAAUUGGUGUGGAAUGUGAUGACGGAAUUUUUAGUGUUUCUUUUACCGUUAUUGCAAUUGCGCAAGAUUUCCAAAUUCACCAAAAAAAUGUAUCAUAGAGCCAAUGGACCCAACGCAAUUGAACCAGGGAAUACCAAGCAGUUGACUCCUUACACCAAUUUGCCAGUACUGGAAUGUGCCAUUUGUCAUUAUAAUAAUCACCAAGCCGCACAGUCAGGAGGCCGUGUAUUUACAACAGCCGGGCCAGUGACGAACCCGUGUAUCACAAACUGUGGCCAUGUUUAUUGUUAUGUAUGCAUUGCUACUCAAUUCAAUGUGAUGAAAUCAAGUGGCGAUGAUGUACCAUGUUUAAAAUGUGGUACCAAAUUAGAGUGGUUUAAAGAGUUUGAAGCUGAUGAAAAGGCCAUUGACGUUGAUGCGAUUACGAUAAAAAUGGACAUAGAUGGUGAUGAUGAGGCGAAAGAGGACGAUGACGAGGAUGACAAAAACGAAGAAGAGCAAAAGCAGGAGAAGGAAACUGGCAGGGACGAUUCUGAUGAUAAUGAUAGUAUUGAGAGUGGUUCGAGUUAUGAAAUAGCAGAGUAUUCUGAAAAGCCAACGGGUGUUAGGAUUGAAAGAAAACGUAGUAGUGUGCUGAAUAUAUUUCAGGAUGAAGAGCUGGAUAGUUUGAGUGAGGAUGAUUACAGCGAAGAAGAGGAGAUAGAUGCUGACGAAGCGAUGCUAUAA